AUGACCACGGACAUCAACAACAUGACCCCCAUUCACUACACUGUCGCAAAAGCAAACGAAGAAAUUGCGCAGGUCUUCCUCGAUGCUGGAGUAUCAGUCGACAGUCUAGUGAAAAGGAGGAUCUGGCUGGCGACAUGCCAAGAUGGCAAGCUCACCUAUGCACCAAAUAGCAAUCUACAUUGCUCCCAGGGUGGGUUCAACGCUCCGCAAGGGCUCACAGCUUUGCACUAUGCGGCCUUGACAGGGAGUGCUCAGAUGACAAGAUAUUUCCUCGACCACGGUGCCAACCCAAAUGCGGUCUCCGAGUGCGGCGAAACGCCUCUGCAUCUCGCAGUUAGGCAAGACAUCUACGAUUGGAAGCGGCCCUUUGGCAAACGAGACCGUUAG